AAGCCACGAUAUAUGCAAAAUAUUUCAUAUUAUAGAAUUUUAUAGUUUGAGGAGGAGAUUAUUCUUGGAAAAUGGAGAGGUUGGAGGGAAUAUUGGAGUCAGGGAAGAGAAUGAGCAAGAAUUUGAAUAGUAGCAUGAGGAUUGCAAGCGUGGGAUCGACGUGGGGAGUGGAAGAUGUGUUUGGGAGACACAGCAAUCGAUCACAGAGACAGAAAGUUGAUGAGGACGAAGAAGCUCUUCGAUGGGCAGCCCUUGAGAAGCUGCCAACUUAUGACAGGCUCAGAACUGCUAUUAUGCAGAGUUUUGGCGGUGGAGAUGAUGGGACGCAUUACAAGGAAGUGGAUGUUCGUAAGCUUGGCUUCAGUGAAAGACAGAUGUUUAUUGAACGUCUCUUCAAAGUUGUAGAGGAAGACAAUGAAAAGUUUCUGCGAAAGAUUAGAAAUCGAAUUGACAGAGUUGGUAUCAAACUUCCAACGGUACAAGUGCGGUUUGAAAAUUUAACUGUGGAUGCGGAGUGCUAUGUAGGUGGCAGAGCUUUGCCUACAUUAUGGAAUUCUGCCAGAAAUUCUGUAGAAUCGUUUCUGGACAUUUUGGGCCUAUCACCCACCAAGAAAGCAAACCUGACCAUUCUCAAGAAUGUUAGUGGAAUCAUCAGGCCAUCUCGGAUGACUCUGUUGUUGGGUCCCCCUGCGUCUGGAAAGACAACCUUGCUGCUAGCUUUGGCUGGAAAAUUAGACUCCGAUUUGCAGGUGAGGGGAGAGGUCACUUACAAUGGCCGUAGGUUGCAUGAGUUUGUCCCUAAGAAAACAUCUGCUUACAUAAGUCAGAACGACUUACAUGUAGGAGAGAUGACAGUUCGAGAAACAAUAGAUUUCUCUGCUAGGUGCCAAGGUGUUGGGCAUAGUUAUGAGCUGCUUUCAGAGCUUGCUAGAAGAGAGAAACAAGCUGGAAUCUUACCAGAGGCUGAUGUUGAUCUUUUCAUGAAAGCAACAGCAACGGAUGGUGUUGAGAGCAGCCUUCAGACUGACUACACUCUCAAGAUUUUGGGUUUGGAAAUUUGUGGAGACACAAUUGUCGGCGACGAAAUGAUGAGAGGAAUCUCUGGGGGACAAAAGAAGCGUGUUACAACAGGGGAGAUGAUUGUUGGACCUACAAAAACUCUUUUCAUGGAUGAAAUCUCUACAGGACUAGACAGUUCUACCACAUAUCAGAUAGUCAAAUGCAUGCAACAGUUUACCCAUCUGAUGGAUGCCACAAUUCUCAUGUCUCUGCUGCAGCCUGCACCAGAGACUUUUGAUCUCUUUGAUGAUAUUAUACUCCUGUCGGAGGGCCAUAUUGUCUACCAUGGCCCUCGAGAGAAUAUAUUGGAGUUUUUUGAAAGCUGUGGAUUCAAAUGCCCUGAGAGAAAGGGCACUGCAGAUUUCUUACAGGAGGUCACAUCAAAGAAGGACCAAGAACAAUACUGGGUAGAUAAGAGGCAACCAUAUCACUAUGUAACUGUGAAGGAAUUUGUAUCUCGAUUCAAGCAAUUUCAUAGAGGUCUGUCAUUGGAAAACGAACUGUCAAUCCCCUAUGACAAGAACAAAAGUCACAAAGCAGCUUUGGUUUUUAAUAAAAACUGUGUACCCAAAAUGGAGAUCUUCAAAGCCUGUUUUGCCAAAGAAUGGCUUCUGGUCAAGCGGAAUUCCUUUGUUUACAUCUUCAAGACUGCACAAAUUGUAGUUAUAGCGUUCAUUGGAGCAACUGUAUUCCUGAGGACCGAAAUGCAUCAUAACACUCUUGCUGACGCGAACCUGUACCUUGGAGCACUCUUUUUCAGCCUGAUCGCCAAUAUGUUCAAUGGAUUUGAAGAAUUAUCAAUAAUAAUUUACAGGCUUCCAGUAUUCUUCAAGCAGAGGGAUCUGUUCUACUACCCUGCAUGGGCUUUCACUCUUCCUACCUUCUUAUUGUCAAUUCCAAUGUCAUUGUUGGAAUCUGGCAUUUGGGUCGUGAUGACUUACUAUACUAUUGGGUUUGCCCCUGAAGCUAGCAGGUUUUUCCGACAGUUCCUUAUAAUCUUUCUAGUUCAUCAAAUGGCAUCAUCCCUAUUUCGCCUUAUAGCAGGAAUCUGCAGGACAAUGAUUAUAGCUGACACUGGAGGGUCCCUGUCUCUUCUUCUAAUAUUUAUGCUUGGAGGGUUCAUCCUCCCGAGAGAGAGAACUCCAAACUGGUGGAUAUGGGGAUACUGGUGUUCACCUUUGACGUAUGCAGAGAAUGCUAUCGCUAUUAAUGAGAUGCUUGCUCCAAGAUGGAAAAUUAGCACAGAAAAUACCACAAAUUUGGGUGUAGCAGCGUUGGAGAGCCGUAACAUCUACUCAAGGGGAUAUUGGUAUUGGCUAGGAGCUGCUGCUUUGUUGGGAUUUUCGGUGCUUUUCAAUGUGCUUUUCACCUUUGCUCUUGAAUAUCUAAAUCCUCUUGGUAAGCCUCAAGCUGUUAUCUCCAGUGAAGCUCUAGAUGAAUUACAAUCACAAGAUAAUGGUACAAAACAGGGACUAAACAUAUCGAGAUCAAAAAAUCAGUCUCUGGCACGGUCAUUGUCUUCCACAGUUGGUAAUAAUCCUAUUGAAAUGCAGAUCAGACAAAUGAGCAGCCGAGUAACUAAUCUACCGAGCAACGAUGAGUCAGUGCUGGAGACUGUAAGAGGAGUUGCUCCAAAACGAGGAAUGAUUCUACCAUUUCAACCAUUAACCAUGUCUUUUGAAAAUAUCAAAUACUUUGUUGACAUGCCCGUGGAAAUGAGGGAACAGGGAGUGACUGAAGAUAGGCUUCAAUUGCUCCGAGAUGUUACGGGUGCAUUUAGACCUGGUGUUCUUACAGCACUGAUGGGAGUAAGUGGUGCUGGCAAGACAACUCUCAUGGAUGUAUUAGCUGGAAGAAAAACUGGAGGGUAUAUUGAGGGAGAUAUUCGAAUCUCUGGAUUUCCCAAAAAGCAAGAAACUUUUGCUCGAAUUUCUGGUUACUGUGAGCAAAAUGAUAUACAUUCUCCACAAGUCACUGUUUGGGAAUCAUUAAUAUAUUCGGCAUUUCUCCGUCUUGCAAAAGAUAUUGACACAGAAACCAAAACUGCAUUUGUUAAUGAGGUCAUGGAGCUUAUGGAGUUGGACACCUUAAGGGAUGCAUUGGUAGGUUUACCUGGUGUCACUGGAUUGUCAACUGAACAGAGAAAAAGGUUAACAAUUUCUGUAGAGCUUGUUGCAAAUCCCUCUAUAAUUUUUAUGGAUGAACCCACUUCUGGACUAGAUGCAAGAGCUGCUGCAAUUGUUAUGCGAACUGUCCGUAAUACUGUUGAUACUGGAAGAACUGUUGUCUGUACCAUUCAUCAGCCUAGCAUUGACAUCUUUGAAGCAUUUGAUGAGUUACUUUUGAUGAAAAAAGGAGGUCAAAUCAUUUACAAUGGACCACUAGGCCGCAACUCUCACAUGAUCGUUGAAUAUUUUGAGGCUAUUCCAGGAGUAACAAAGAUCAAGGAUAAAUAUAACCCUGCUACAUGGAUGCUAGAAGCUAGCUCGGAUUCUGCUGAAGUUCGUCUAGGGGUAGACUUUGCAGAGCACUACAGAAAUUCAUCUCUCUAUGAGCAGAACAAAGCAUUGGUAAAAGAGAUUAAUACUCCACCCCCACAAGCAAAUGAACUUUACUUUCCAACCCAAUAUUCUCAGUCAUUCUUUGGACAAUUCAAGUCCUGUUUGUGGAAGCAAUGGUGGACUUAUUGGCGUAGCCCUGACUAUAACAGCGUUAGAUUCUUCUUCACACUUGUCUGCGCUUUACUCUUUGGAACAAUAUUUUGGAAGGUUGGCACAAAACGGAACAACAACACCGAUCUUUUUAUUGUUGUGGGUGCCUUAUAUGGAGCUGUAAUAUUCUUAGGGGUCAAUAACUGUUCAACUGUGCAGCCUGUCAUUGCAGUGGAGAGAACUGUGUUCUACAGAGAAAGGGCUGCAGGGAUGUACUCUGCAAUGCCCUAUGCUCUUGCUCAGGUGGUGAUUGAACUCCCAUAUAUUCUCGGCCAAACAAUUAUGUACAGUUUUAUUGUUUACAGUAUGGUCAGCUUCGAGUGGACAGUUAAGAAGUUUGCCUGGUUCUUCUUCGUGAACUACAUGACAUUUCUGUACUUCACCUUUUAUGGGAUGAUGACAGUCUCAAUCACUCCAAACCACCAAGUAGCCUCAAUUGUGGCUGCAGCAUUUUACUCCCUCUUCAAUCUAUUCUCAGGAUUCUUCAUUCCUAAACCGAAAAUUCCAAAAUGGUGGAUCUGGUACUACUGGAUAUGCCCUAUUUCAUGGACUGUGUAUGGCCUAAUUUCCUCACAGUAUGGAGAUGUCACAGACCAAAUACUGGUUACUGGUGAAGGGUUCGAACCACUGAAUCAGUUUGUGGAGGAUUACUUUGGAUUCAAGCAUGAUUUCUUAGGUACAGUCGCUUCUGUGCUCGUUGGAUUUGCCGUGUUCUUUGCAUUUAUGUUUGCAUUCUGCAUCAAGGUAUUGAAUUUUCAGCAAAGGUGAAAGCAGAGGAUUCGCACAAACAAAGAAAUCUGCUACUCUGCCAUUUGGGUCGGUCCAGCUGAAAUUUGGGGAAUAUCAGAGAAAAAAUUAUUAUAAACCUGGCUAUGUGAAGCCAUUGGAGAUGAGAAAGGCCUAGUACAUAUCGUAUGUCUAACCAAUACAGAGCUGUAUAAGUAAUUUUUUGGGGCCUCUGUAUAAUUCAACUGGGGCUCUGUCAGGCAGGAGUGGCUUCCUACAGAAAUCAUUAGCCUUGUUGUAUGCCGCCCUAUUCUGAAAUAAGGAAUUUUAGUCACGAUUUGCAAAAUCAAAAUUCUAUAAAGAACAAACUUCGGCUUGUGAAAUUAAAGAAAUAACACCAAAUUAAUUUGAGCUAUAAACUGUAAAUUGCACCGUACAUUCAAUGACA